AUGCUUACCGGCUUUGGGGUAGCAUACGGUGGUUACUAUCGUGUCUACGUGCCACAGCGAGCUGCACAGCUGGCGGCUGACCAGCGGUUGGAGCAGUGCAAGCUGCCGUAUCAAGACGUCAUUCACGCCUAUUCCCGGCUGCAGAGAACCAUCGAGCACCAGGUGGCUAUUGCGUCUUCUCUCCCGUCAUCGUCGGCAGGCGCGCGACCGGACACCUCGGCGUGGCACACCAAUGCGGAAAAAAUUCGUUUUUUCUGCGAUGUGCAGCGUAUGCGGGCCGUGCUCUUGGGUCUCCCGCACCACUUCAUCACCGAGAAGGACCUGCGUGCAAAGCUUCAGCAACUGUCCAUCUGGGAGUCGAAGCACUGCACAGAGCUCAACUUUCGAUCGGCUCCUCUUAGCUUUUCGCAAACGCUGCGGUCCUCUGCGUGCUUUGUGAUCUACCUCCUCUGCUUCCGCGUGCUCAGCCCGCUGCUGAGGGUGUGGGAUGGCUCUGGGGACUGGCAAGCCUGGCUCCAACACAGCGUGUCCACUCGUAUCGUCGAAGCCUUGGAGAUAAAGGUGCUGUUAACAGCUCCAGACAGGGAGUUGCUCAACUGCAGCAGUGGCGUUGCCUGCGAACUGUCUCGCGGCUACAUCACCCUCAACGCGACGCACUGGAUCGAAGAGGUCGGCUUCUGGGCCUGCCCCAACAACCCACUUUUGCAUCGUCGGACCGCCAGCCAGCCAGCAGCUGCGGGGUGUCAGGGCGUGGACACCUGUCACCUGGAACUCCUGCGCGGUGUCCCCAUCAUGGAAUGCUCCUCAAAUGCCGCGCCGCAGCACGGUGGCGCAUCGAGCUUUACCUUUCCGGCACUGCGGCAGCGGUGGUGCGACCUGCUCUGGUGUGGCCCUUCUGCUUCAGCGGCCGCGUACACUACGACGUAUGCUGAGCACUGGCGUCGCCUGGAGGCGCUACAGCGGGAACGCCUGUCAAGGAGAACUGAAGGUGGCGAAGCGGUGCCGAUGAUGACGGCGGCUGACGUCUCUCUCGGGUACCCAGUGCUAUCCUGCACCAGCCAGCUUGAGUGCGCCGUCGACAGUGAGGCGUACUACAUCCCUGUGGGGAUCAGCGGCUUGCCGCACGUCUUGUACGUGGACGCGGCGCACGCGAAGCCCGAUGUGCGACCACGGCGUACGCGCGAGGAGACGUACGCCUGCGUGCAGCAGGCACAAUUCGCACACGCCUCCUCGGCAGUGUCGGUGAAGCACGCAACAGCUGAUUCAACGAUCGCAGCAGCGCUACAAACGCCGUCUAGGCUGCACGAGUGGCAAGCCCACCGCGGCUUUCCAUGCUGCCGCCGGGUGUGGUGGGGCGGUGUCUACGGCGGUGGUCCUCGUCGCUCGAGCACCACCCUUCACUACCAUCUCGGCAGCGCGAGCACGGCGGCCGAGUACGCGAGUGCCGCCAUCGCAGCCAGCCAAGCUGCAGAAGCCUUCACUGCAGCCGCCACCUCCGCAGUGUGA